UCACAUUACCAAACAAAUAACUUCUCUCUCCUCCUAUAAAUAUGGAAAUCACUUGGUGUAGUUUGUCCUAGUUAAAGUUUUAUAGUGCCGCAAUCCCAUUUCUUCUUUAGAUCUCCUUUUCCUCUUAAGGACUAUUCCUACAUCUUCCUUCUAUCCCAAUUUCCAAGGAAAUGGAGACCUUCCUAUUCACCUCUGAAUCUGUGAAUGAGGGACACCCCGACAAGUUGUGUGAUCAGGUUUCUGAUGCAGUGCUCGACGCUUGCCUUGCUCAGGACCCCGAAAGCAAGGUUGCUUGUGAAACUUGCACCAAGACCAACAUGGUUAUGGUUUUUGGUGAAAUUACUACCAAGGCCAAUGUAGACUAUGAAAAGAUUGUUCGUGACACAUGCCGUGCCAUUGGCUUCACAUCCGACGAUGUGGGUCUUGAUGCUGACAAGUGCAAGGUCUUGGUUAACAUUGAGCAGCAGAGUCCUGAUAUUGCCCAGGGUGUACAUGGUCACCUUACUAAGCGUCCUGAGGAGAUCGGUGCUGGUGAUCAGGGUCACAUGUUUGGAUAUGCCACCGAUGAGACUCCUGAGCUUAUGCCCCUCAGCCAUGUUUUGGCCACCAAGCUUGGUGCUCGCCUCACUGAGGUGCGUAAGAAUGGGACCUGCGCUUGGUUGAGGCCUGAUGGUAAGACUCAAGUCACUGUUGAGUACUACAAUGAGAACGGUGCUAUGAUUCCUGUCCGUGUUCACACCGUCCUCAUUUCCACCCAACAUGAUGAGACUGUUACCAAUGAUGAAAUUGCUGCUGACCUUAAGGAGCAUGUCAUCAAGCCCGUUAUCCCCGAGAAGUACCUCGACGAGAAGACCAUCUUCCACCUCAACCCUUCUGGCCGAUUUGUGAUUGGUGGACCACAUGGAGAUGCUGGACUUACUGGCCGUAAGAUCAUCAUCGACACAUACGGUGGAUGGGGAGCUCACGGUGGUGGUGCCUUCUCUGGAAAAGACCCAACCAAGGUGGACAGAAGUGGUGCCUAUAUUGUGAGGCAAGCUGCUAAGAGCAUUGUUGCCAACGGGCUUGCUCGAAGGGCCAUCGUGCAGGUGUCAUAUGCCAUUGGUGUCCCAGAACCCUUGUCUGUGUUCGUGGACACCUAUGGAACAGGAAAGAUCCCCGACAAGGAGAUCCUAAAGAUUGUGAAGGAAAACUUUGACUUCAGGCCGGGAAUGAUCUCUAUCAACCUCGACCUCAAGAGAGGAGGCAACGGACGAUUCCAAAAGACAGCUGCCUACGGGCACUUUGGACGAGAUGACCCCGACUUCACCUGGGAGGUUGUGAAGCCCCUCAAGUGCGAGAAGGCAUAAUGUGGGAGGUUGCCACAGCCCACAGGUUACUGUUUUUAGGUCCUUAAUGUUGCUUAAAUAUGGGAAUUAUGUAUGCCUAUAUACUGUUUUUCUUGUCUGAUUUUUUCCAUUGAAAUUGGUUCUGAUUUCAAUUUGAUUCUUGUACUCAUCCAAAACAAAUGGAAUAUUAAUUUGCAUUUUUGGCAUAAGGAGUAGAUUCUAAGUUUCUAGCAAAUACAAUGCUAUUUCUUACCUUUGACAAUAAUAUUCUUUUUGAUCUUUUGGCA